GUGGUCCGCGAGCGAAUUUUGCAAGGAGAACUAGCGAAAGAGAAAUGGCGCUUCAAUGCCGUGCUCACUGAGGCAGUCUAUAGACGGAUAGACAGACUAAACAAGUGCAAAUAAACUGAAAAAUCAUGGUGAACACAAGAAAGAGCUCUCGGCAUGAGCAGAGCACUCUCUUCAUCUCGUCCAGGACCCGAUCUUCCGCCAGGAAUGAAGAACACGAAGAACAUAAUGAUCCCAGCAGUGAUGUGAGCAGUCCUAGCAGUCCUCGAAUGUCCCCUCCCUCGAAGCGGACCCGUAGACAGACCCCACCAAGCUCUAGCGACAUCACUCCCUCGUCUCAGGCUAAGGGCCAGAGGGUCUCCUGGGUCAUGUCCACCCACCGCACCAGGUUGUCAUCUGGCGCCCUGCAAAAUGGACAUGCCCAUAAGGUGGACGGGGCAGGAGACCACUCUCACAUGAACGGCCAUAUUGAUCUGAAGAGGAGCUGCCGAGUGAGGAAGAGCCAGUUUGAACACCUCAACCAGAGCCUGCUUUUUGACCAGCUCGUCAACAGCACGGCAGAGGCAGUUCUUCAGGAGAUGGACAACAUCAGCAGCAUCAGACAGAACAGGGAGGUGGAGAGACUCCGCAUGUGGACCGACACUGAGGUGGAAAACAUGGACAUGUAUUCUCGUGUGAAGAGGAGGAAGUCACUGCGCAGGAACACCUUUGGCAUGCAGGCGCAUCACAAAGCCAUGAGCAAGACAGAGGAGGAAGAGGAGGAGGAGGAGGAAGAAGAGGGGACUGAAGAGUCUCACGGGGAAGAAGAGGAUGACGAAGCGGAGGAUGAGGAUGAUGGAGAUGAGGCAGAGGAGGUAGGAGAGGAGAAUGACAGACCGUACAACCUGAGGCAGCGCAAGACUGUACAGAGAUACGAGGCGCCACCUAUCGAGCCCGUCAACAGAAAACAAACCACUCCCUCCCUGUUUGACACCCACAGAUCUCCAGCUAGGAGAAGCCAUAUACGAGUGAAGAAGCAUGCCAUCCACAGUAGCGACACCACGUCGUCGUCUGACGAGGAGAGAUUUGAGAGGAGGAAAAGCAAGAGCAUGACCCGGGCCAGGAACAGGUGUCUACCUAUGAACUUGCGAGCAGAGGACCUGGCCAGUGGGGUGCUGAGGGACAGGGCCAAGGUGGGAGCUAGCCUCGCUGAUGUGGACCCCAUGAAUCUGGACACCUCAGUGAAGUUUGACAGCGUGGGAGGGCUGUCCAACCACAUCCAGUCCCUGAAAGAGAUGGUGGUCUUCCCUCUCCUCUACCCAGAGGUUUUCGAGAGGUUCAAGAUUCAGCCACCAAGAGGGUGUCUGUUCUACGGCCCACCAGGUACAGGAAAGACCCUAGUAGCGCGGGCUUUGGCCAACGAGUGUAGUCAAGGUGACAAGAAAGUGUCUUUCUUCAUGAGGAAGGGAGCUGACUGCCUCAGCAAGUGGGUCGGUGAAUCAGAACGACAGCUACGCCUGCUCUUCGACCAGGCGUACCUGAUGAGGCCUUCCAUAAUCUUCUUUGAUGAGAUAGACGGGCUGGCCCCAGUGCGCUCCAGCAGACAGGACCAGAUACACAGCUCCAUUGUGUCCACUCUGCUGGCGUUGAUGGAUGGUCUGGACAGUCGAGGGGAAAUCGUGGUGAUCGGUGCUACCAAUAGACUGGACUCCAUAGACCCUGCUCUACGGAGGCCUGGACGCUUUGACAGGGAGUUCCUCUUCAACCUGCCUGACAAGAAGGCCCGGAGGCAAAUCCUUGAGAUCCACACUCGGGACUGGAACCCCAGACUGGCUGAGCAGUUUGUGGACGAGCUGGCUGAGAAAUGUGUCGGUUACUGCGGUGCCGACAUCAAAGCACUUUGCACAGAGACGGCCCUGGCGGCGCUGCGGCGGCGCUACCCCCAGAUCUACGGCAGCAGUGUUAAGCUGCAGCUGGAUGUCAGUACCAUCGUGCUGGGGCCUGGGGACUUCAGCCGCGCCUUGCGGACCAUCGUCCCAGCCUCCCAGAGAGCCCAGGCCCCUCCAGGCCGAGCCCUGUCCCCAAACAUACGCCCCCUACUGGCCAACACACUGGACACAGUGCUGGAGGUCCUGCUCCGAGUCUUCCCCCAUGCAGAAUCACAGCACAGGGAGAGUAGAGGAGACAUUGACAAUCUGCUAGAGGAGGAGUUCAGUGAAGAGGAGACGGAUGGAGCAGCUCCCUCCAUCUACCACCUCCAGCCUGGAUCCCCUAAGAUGCACACACACCCCUCUACGGCACACACACCCUUCCUACACUUCACCACAUCAGCUCUCCACCAGCCCACGUCGUACCGGCCUCGCCUGCUGCUGGCGGGUCCCCCUGGCUCGGGACAGGGUUCUCACCUGGCCCCUGCUGUGUUACACCACCUGGACAAGCUGUCUGUCCACCGUCUAGACCUGCCCACACUCUACUCUGUCAGCGCCAAGACACCUGAGGAGUCCUGCGCUCAGGUGUUCUGUGAGGCGCGUCGGAGCGUGCCCAGUGUGGUGUUCAUGCCUCACAUCUGUGAUUGGUGGGAUUCGGUUAGCGACACUGUAAAGAACACCUUUCUCUCUCUGCUCCAGGACGUCCCCUCUUUCACCCCCCUCCUCAUCCUCGCCACCACAGAGACCUGCUACACACAGCUACCGCAGGAGGUGCAGUUGAUGUUCCAGAGGACGUACGGAGAGGUGGUCAGUCUGUCUCCACCUGGAGAGGAGGACAGACGAAGGUUCUUCACUGACCUGCUACUGGUACAGGCUGCUAGAGCAUCGCUACCCAGGAGACAUACAGCUCUGCAGUGUGAGGUGCUACCGGUAGCGGAGACCCUCGACGCCAGGGUUCUCUCCCCCGAGGAGCAGCGUCGUCUGGCUGACCAGGAGGAGAACACUCUGAGAGAGCUGCGUCUGUUCCUCAGGGACGUCACCAGGCGCCUUGCCGUAGACAAACGCUUCAACAUCUUCAGCAAACCUGUCGACAUUGAGGAGGUGUCAGACUACCUGGAGGUGAUCCGUCAGCCCAUGGAUCUGUCUACUGUCAUGACAAAGAUAGACACCCAUAAAUACCUGACGGCUAAUGACUUCCUGGUGGACAUAGACCUGAUCUGCAGCAAUGCCCUGGAGUACAACCCUGACAAGGACCCCUCAGAUAAGAUCAUCCGCCACAGAGCAUGUAGUCUAAAAGACACGGCCCACGCCAUGCUGGCCUCAGAGCUCGACCCUGAGUUCCACCGCAUUUGUGAGGACAUCAAGGAGUCGCACAGAAAGAGGGACCUCCAGUCUCCGGCCUUGCCGCCUGUCCCCCUGGCUGCCGUGGUAACCACCAGGAAGCCGGCUGUAGAGGAGAAUGCUGGAAACAGCACUCAGGGACAGACCAUCGACAAGCAGCACUGCAAUCACAUGAAGAGGAAAACGCGUCGGCGGCCAUCUUGGGGGCGGGGCAUCAUCAGGAAGAAGAAGAUCUACAAGAAGGGAAUGGAGGAAGAGGAGGAUGAAGGUGUGGAGCCUGAGCCAGAGAGCCUGAGCCAGGAUGAAGACUCUUCCUGCGACACCAUGGACCCUCAGCCCAACGGACACCACACACACCCUCACACACAAAGCAUCUCCAUGGAGGAAGAGCACUCCAAUGCGGCACCUAGGGGCCGGAGCACAGAGACUGAGACACCGGGGGAGAGCAGCACAGGGACAGGGCCCAAGAAAGAAGAGACACCGGCUACAGACAACAAAGCCAAAUCCACCUCCACAGAACUCCAGUCUAAAAGCGAGUCUUCCCCAUCUGAAAGGGAAGAGUCUCAUUGUAAAGACGAGGAGCCUCAAGCCCAGGACAAGUUGAUCCAGUCUGAAGGUGAGGGGUCUAAACAUGAAGAUCUCCAGUCUAAAGAUAAGGGUACCCGGGCCGAUGGCGAGAAGCCCCAAGACCGGCCUGAUGAUCCCCAUGCGAAACACAAGGAGGCCCAGUCCAAGGCUGAGCAGCAUUUGUCAGCCCCUAAGACGGCCACAGCGCCCUCUGUCCCUCGGGAGGAGUGUGUGAAUGGGGAUGAGUCCUUGGACAGCUUGGACUCGCAGGCCCUCAAGAGCUCUGAGACAGAGGAAGGUCCUACAGAGGGCACAGGUGAGGGGGCGGAGGGGAAAGAUGAUAUGUCUGCAAAGAGCAGAGGUAUUCAGGAGCGCCCUCCUCAGGACGGGAGGAAAGGAGGCAUGGAGACGGGCGAGGAGGAGCAUGAGCAGGAUAGAGAAGGCGUGUCCAAGGGAAGGAAGAGUCAAUCAGAGCAGUCGAAGGGUUCGGCUGACAUAACAGAGGAAGAGUCUCCACAGAUCCCUCCCACUCCGCCACCUCCACUAGUGGUCGAUCACCAGCGACUCACAGCCCUCUUGGACACAGUGGUACAGAGGAGUGAAGGCUACAGCGUGGAGCGUUUAGAGAGACUCUUCUCUCUCCUCAGUCAGUGCAUCUACCAACACCGCCUGGACUACGACAAGACACUGCUACUGGAGGAGAUGGAGAGGAAAGUCCAGAAUUUCAUUACAUUCCUGUGAGACUCGGCGAGACAGUCAGGUUGACCCUGAUUUAGACUCUGAACACACACACACACACGCGAGAGGGACAGAGACCAGCCUUUGGGCCAAGUCCUUACACACAGAGCAAAUACAUAGCCCUGGUCUUAACGUAAACGACAGAACAAGGAAAAAUAAAGACCAAGGAGAAAAAGAGGAGAUUUCUAUGGUGCUAUAGUCUCAGGUACCCUGGUCGGACCCAGACCCAGUCUACAACCAAACGGACUCACGGACACGCGCACACAGGAAUGAUGAAAGGGGUGUCGCUGGUGCUAUUCAGGUGCUAUCCUAAUCCAUGGGGCUCUGGGGAGUAACUGACCAACAAAACAGAUUGGGUGAUGUCAUAUCUCAAUACGGCCUACUUUUGAACUGAGCACACACACAGACUACAUGUGUGCUUAGUUAUACACACACACACACACAGUAAUCCCAGGCACAGAUGUCACCAGCAGUGUGUGUGCAGUUAGCUAGGAGGUUGAGGCAGUCUCCUGUUGCAUUACCAUUGCCGAGCCCAUCUCUCAGUACUGUACUGCAUCAGCAUCAUAGGCCAGUCAUCUCAUAGAUACAACAGCUUACAGAUCAUACUGAGUCAUUCAAACAGCCUGGUUUGAUUAGCAUCUGGCUCUAAUCAAUCCAUAGAUUUUUGAUAUGGCUCUAAUAACCACCCUUCUCGCCCAAUGUCCAUUAAAUGUUUUGAACGUGACGAUACAGUUCGUUCAUGUUGCACUGGUGGCCCAGAAUCAGAGACAUCCAUUACAUAUGGAUACAGAAAGAUAUGGCUGCGGUUAGAAUCAAUUGAUUACAAACACAUGAAAUCCCCUUGAUAAUAAAACGUGUUACUGGAAUGAAUCAACAGAAACUAAGGAAGCGUUUGUUUUUUAGCUUUUCAGUGGUAGCUGAAUCACAUCUCUGUCUGGAACUUUCCGUUUUCUUCAACACAAUCUGUGCCCUGCUAGUUUUUAUUUCCCAUCCACUCUAAACUAACUGGAAGCGAUUUUAAUUGGACACUUGUAGUUUGCACUGCCUAGCAUGUGCCUUAUUUAACCCCCAAUGAACUUUAAUAUUUCUGAAAGAAUGGUUUUUAUCAACGGCUCUGUUAAAUGUAGUGCAGUACAGUGGGUUCGAUGUAGCCAUUUCCCCGACCACAGAUCUAGGAUCAGUUCACCCAACUAUAACCUUUUGUGGGGGAUAAUAUCUGUCCUAGGACCAGAGGUCACUUCUACAGUACCAAACUCAGGAUAGUCACAGUAGGAAAGCAGAUCUGUCUUUUCCUGCCCAGAUGGAAGGGGGACAGUAGGGUUUUUAUUACUUUCAUGUGGAUGGAGGUAAAAAAAAUUGUGGUGCCAAUUUUCCCCAAUUAGGUGCGACGACGCCUGUUUGUUGCGCAUUUUUUUGACGUUUUCCAAUUUUAUACGAUACGUUGGUAACAAUGUUUGGGUUGUUAUUGCAUUGAUUGUGAAGCUUCUGUUGAGGUUAGAACAGCAUUAUAUUGUUUAAUUCAUUUUGUUUUUGGAUUGUUUACGCCUGAAGGUAGUGGGAAGGUUGUAAUCCGCUAUGGUCUAUCCAUGUUCAUCUUGUGGUAAAGAUAUAUGCAUUUGCUUUUCUUCUUGGCUUUCCUUGGCCAUGGAUAAGUCCAUGUUUUGACCAGAGUCAGCCGUUGGGUCAAACAGACAACCUUUUCUCAUUCAAAUCAUUCUUAACACCAGGGUUCUAACUCAAAUCAAGUCCUGGCGAACUACUAGGUGUACAGGCUUUUGUUCCAAAUAAACCUGGUCUUCAAUCUGGAUCACAAUUGGGCUGUAAGAAAAUCCUAGUAGCUCUCUAAGAUUGGAGAGUUGUAAAGCCCUGCUUUAUGCUGGUCCAACCCCUGAUGCUCUCCCCCCCAACUCCCCCUCUGCCUUCUCUUGGAUCGCUGGGUGAAGAUUUAAAAGUUAAUAAUUUAAGAAUAUGCAAACUAGCAUUUUGAGGCCUAAGCAUUGGACUACUGCAGAGAGAGAAACAAAGCUACCUCAGCUUAAUUUAUUAUAAUGCUAUGACAAACCGUUUACUGGGUGCACAGUAUUAGGCCAUGUUCCAAACUAUGGUCGCAACUCUCAUACUGCUAAGGUACUGGAUCAUCAGCACCAGUUCUGACUGCUGCGGUAACACUAGUUUGUUUGGUUGUCUUUAUUGCAUUUGAGCCGAGACGAAACAUACAGCAUUUAAGUUCAAGCAAAUGUCAAACUGUAUAUUUCGGUUCUGCAGACAGUCGUCCUAAGAUUGCUUUCCUUUCAGAUCGUACUACACUAUUUUACAGGCUAUUGCGAUUCUUCUGUCCAUCUAACCACGAUCUCGACGUGUUUGCAGACUCAUCUUUCUUGUGGUGUUCCAUUUUCUUUUUAUUUAUUAACAUAAUUAUUCAACAAGUUUGUCUUAAUAUCCAUUAACUGUCUUUGUAUAUUUUAAAAUUUAACAAAUUGGGAAGAGUUGUUACUCAAAGUGAUUUGAUCUUAGUGCCGAGGUAGACGGUUUUGGAGCAUAAAGGAGGUUACAGGUGUCUCAGGUUUCUUCAGGCUACACUUAUUCCAUUGUGAUGUUUCAUUUUUUCUUGUUUAGUGGUUAUGGACUGUGGCAUACUGGACGAGGCUAACAUUGACUCAUCGGAAUUUUUACUUCAAAAAAUACAAUAGUGUGUUGGACUCAAUUUGGCCACCAAGUAAAAUAGUUUUUCAGCAUUGGGGAAUAAAAUGUAAUGUUCUUGUCUGGUAUUAAACGAUUUAGUCCAGUAUGCGCGCAAUUCUCCAUCACAACUUAAUUUUAUCUGGGAUUCAUUUAGUAUGUUUUUUUCUGUAGCAUCACCAUGGUUAAUUUCUUCUUUGAGGUUUUAGUGUAUUGAACAUCCUUUUCCCCAUUUAAGUGUUACUUUAGUGUGUUAUAUUUUAAAUGAAACCUUUACUGUAUUUCUGAAAUAAACUGCUGUGAUAAACUUGAAUAAAGGUGCAAAUUGUGCAGUGCUUCCAUUUCCGCAGUGAA